UAGCCCUCAACUCUGUGGCGCCGUACGGGGCACCCCUCAGUGUCCGGCGCGGCACCCCCACGGCCGCACGCCCCCGCGAUAUGUGCCACCUGUAUCUGUGCUGUGUUGUGUACCCUUUGUUAGGGAAGUUUGAAAGUGUGGUUCACCUGUUUUGGUAAAUAGGAUUCCGAUGACGCCAUGAGCCACAUCGCCCAAACUUGCCUUAAACAUGGCCACAAACGACCUCCCAUGUAAAACCAAGCAAUGGACGACAAAGUUAACAAUGCGGCUGUGCUCAGUGAACUUACUAGCGGCCACCAUACUAGCGUGCUUACCUUACAUCUCCACUUUAACUUUGCCGAGCGGGGACCCGGCUCCAGGCCGCUCACCCGGCCCACCCGAAUCUGAACUUUACGUUACUUUAGAUACAGUUGAAAAUGUAACCGAUGUGACCACAGAAAUGAGUGAGGUAGAAGACGCAUGUGCCUUCGCGAGGAGUGAAAGAGAGGUAGUUACGUUGAGUGAGACGGACAGUGGAGUGAAUUUGACGGUUGAGCAUGCGGUGUUUGAAACGGAGCAGCUUGUGAGGGGCGUCGUUUAUGAAGUCCACCUCCGUUUCGACGCUACCCUCCGCGACUACGCUCUCUACUCCAUCGUGGGCCCCUUCGUCCGAGGCAACUUCACUCCUACCUCCCCCCUCGAACGCUCUUGCCCCGACGACGCCCCCCACUUCGUACCCAAGCACAAGCACAAACGCCGAUUCAAUUCCAAAUUCGAACGCGAAACAAGUGACGGUCGAUUUGAAACAAGUGAAUUUGAAAGUGAUAAGUGGUCUAGUGUGUAUUUUAGACCGCGGGUAGUGAAAAGUGUGAGGUACAGGAGGAGGUUUGUGCCGGCUAGGGUAGUGAGUGGGCCGUUGGGGGAGAGGGGGGAGGUGCUGUUGAUGUGGAGUGUUAGUGAGGCGGAGCGGUUGGGGGAGGAUGCUAGUGUUGUUUUUAGGUUACGCUAUAGGAGAAUAACGAGUGCCACCAUAUACCAAGUGUUCUUUACUAAAUAUUUAAGACUAGAUUGCGCGUUACACAUAAAAGGGCCGCGCGGGCGCGUGCACUCCGGCCAGCUCCCGCGCACGCACGGCUGCCGGCUCCUCCCGCCGCCCCCCACCCCCGGCCACGCUCUCCUCCUCGAGCUGCACAAGCUCAACGUCCCCUGUUCCACCGGCUUCAUCCGCUUCGCCCCCAACACACCACCUCUAUGCGGAAAGCUCGAGCAAAUUCCAUCACCAAACAGAAAAUUCAUAUACCACGACUCCAAGUACUCUGUUGACCUCCACGGCCGACCUACGUUCGCCGUCGCCUACCGUCUCGUCGACCAUUGUCACGAUGUGUUGCUGACGGAGAGGAACGGCUCGUUCGAAGUCGGCCCCACAAUCAAACUCUUCUGCUCCUACAAAAUACAUCUUCCUUACGGAAACAAAGUCGCGUUACGCUUACAAAUGGGCACGGGACCAAUCGCGGCUAAACAUGACUCGUCUAAUAUAAUCCAGGAGGAUUAUCAAGAGUUCUGCAAAGGGAUGGAGCUGAAUUUAGAAGACGGGGAUUCUAGAUGGAAGCAUUGUUCGCAGCCUAAUGAUCCGUUGCGCUCAGUUCAAAUUAUUUCUGAGGGAAACUCAGUAAGACUCAACAUCUCGAUAUUGGCUAAGAGAAAUUCCUCAGCUAUGUGGUUGAAAGCGUGGUGGAUGGAUAAAGGUGUAGAGGAAGUGGUGGGGCACUGCGACUACGGGUGGGUGGUGUCUGAUGACUUCUGUGUGACGGCGGUGCGGGAGGCGAAGCGGGCGUGGAGGCAAGCCGAGGCGGAGUGUGUGCGUCUGGGCGGCCAUCUGGCUAGCGUGCUGAAUGACAGGCAACAGCAUAUUUUGGACCAACUCCUCAUAAAUGCGCCCGGCGCAGGGGUGGACGACGUGUACUGGAUCGGAGCGACUGACGCGAUCCAUGAGGGCGAGUUCCGAUGGUCGGACGGCCUACCCUUCUCCUACUCACACUGGUUCCCCGGCUGGCGCAAGCACAGCAGCCAGCCCAACGACGACGGGACCUCCGGGCAGGACUGCGUGGAGGCGCGCCCCUCCCUCCCCCCUCGACCACCCCCGCAGGCGCCCACCUUCAAGUGGAACGACCGCGGCUGCAGGGAGCACAACUACUUCGUGUGCGAGCGGCCACACAACACAGACCCAUACAUCGCGACCACCAUACAAUGCAACGAGACGAUCUUCCUCUCGCACCUGCGGCCGCACGCCACCGUCUCCUCCCCCGGCUUCCCCCGCCCCUACCCUGACGACGUGGAGUGCAUCAGCGAGCUGCGCGCCCCGCCUGCGCACGCGCUGGUCAUACACUUUGAGGAACUGCUGACCGAGCACGAACCACAUUGCACUUACGAUUUCCUGGAGAUCACUGAAAUAGGAGAGAACGCUACAGAUGAAGACUGGCAGCAUGACCACCACGGCUUGUCCGCUGACAACGAGGUAUGGGAAGAAUCCGAGACCCUCCUGCCCGAAUCCGACGCCAUCAGUGCGGGAUGGCUCCGCGACGGCGUGCUGCCCUCGCGGCGUCUGUGCGGCGACUGGACGGCCAAGCUCAAGCUACUCCGCUACCGGUCGCGCGGGAACGCGCUGCGCAUACGCUUCCGCGCUGAUCAUGAGCGCCAUCUAGCGGGGUUUAAGGCCAAGGUCGCCGUAGCUGACUCCCAAUCGUGCACGGACGUGAAGCAAGCGUUGUUCAGCGGCUAUUGUUACCUCUUCUCCGGCUACCCGCGGGCCUCGUGGGCCACCGCCAAACAAGUAUGCGAAGGCCUGAAUAUGCGGCUGUCAUCCGUCCACUCGGCCGAAGAAGAACGCUUCAUCGUCUCGGGGAUUCGGCAAAGCAGCGACUACAGCGCGGGAACAGUGUACUGGCUGGGCGCGAGAUCAGAAGACGGUCGCUGGGACAAUUUCACCUGGAGCGAUGGCAGCUCAGUCGGAUACCGCGGCUGGCAGCAAUACAACGAAUCAGAUGAGAGCGAUGCCUGUUUGGGAGUUCAAUGGAAGUCGUCCCCAGUCCCAUCGCAGCCCAGCGGCCUUUUCUGGACGUUACACAAAUGUACAGCCACGGGCGGCUACGUUUGCAAACGAAGACUCUCUGAGGUCAUCGUCAAAAACAGGACUGUUGAAGCGUCAUCAGGCACACUAACAAGCCCUGAGCACCCAAACCUGUACGACAACGACCUGGACUACUGGGUGCACGUGGUCGGACCUCCUGACACCCGGCUCGUGUUCGUCUUCCAACGGAUCGAUCUGGAGUUCCAGAAAGACUGUCUCUACGACUAUGUCGAGCUCCGGGAUGCCCUCAAUCUGAAAUCGUCGCGAUACUGCGGAACCGUCGGGGAGACGAGAUGGGUAGCUUCCAGCAACAAGGCUGUGCUGCACUUCCACUCAGAUUACAACACUCAGGCAUCGGGGUUUUCCCUAACCUGGCAAGCGGUGGAGCUGGUGGGGUGUCCAUCGCAAACCUUCACGUCGAAGGAGGGCGUGCUGCGCAGCCCACACUUUCCUCAUUUCCUGCUGCCUGACUUAGACUGCACUGUCGACAUCUUAGCUCCUACAGGCAAACGAGUGUUCCUAAACAUCACCUACCUCGACUUCGGCUACGGCACCUUCGAGAAGGGCCUCCCGUCCAACCUGACGGACGCCACAGACCCCGACUCCUUCCUCGAAGUGCAAGUGGACCUGCAGGAUCAGCCCAUCAGACCGUUCCUCAACCCUGACGUGUUCACGAGUGGGUUGUUCGUGUCGACGGCGGAGGUGAUGCGAGUGAGGUUCAAGACCGGGAGGAACGUUAGUGGGAAGGGGUUUCAGGCUUAUUUUAAAACUGUGGGCACAAUAAACGUAACACACACCCUAGAGCUCCUCCACGUGCGCUCAGGCCGACUGUCAGCACCCAACUGGCCUCGCGCUCCACCGCCGCGCUUCACGCUGCGGACGCGACUUAUCGCGCCACAUGAUCAUACGUUAUCUGUGGCAUUUGCGAAGACUACGCUCGCUAAUGGGGAAGAGCCGUGGCCUUGUGGGGAAGGGAGAGGGUGGAUAGAGGUGAAAGACAGCUACACAGACAACAACGGUACACAGUGGACGCUCUGCGAAGCGGACCGAGCGAAGCGAAGAACAGAAACCCCACUCGUCAUCAACAGUUACUUGCACUCGCUGACAGUGACCCAAUGUGCGGGGGAGAAUGGUGUACAUAUGGAUGUUGCGUUGUUGGUUAAUAAAGAUCCAGACUACCACAGUAAAGUUCUACUGCUAUCCGAGGGCGAGGACGCGUACAUUGAGUCCUGUUACCCAAACCCUUGCCUACACGACGGGUUCUGCGCUACUGAUGAUACGAAGAACUUUUGUCAGUGCGCUGGGUACUAUACAGGAAUGUUCUGCCUUCUUAACGCCUGCGAGCGCUCGCCCUGCGUAUUCGGCAACUGCACACUCUCAGAAGAUUCCUUCAUAUGCUCAUGCGCGCGCGGCUGGCGCGGGCGCCGCUGCGCCGAGCGCGUGCGCCCCUGCGCCGCCAAACCGUGCAACAAUAGGGGGGCGUGCAGUGAGAGGGAUGGGGGGUUUAUGUGCCAGUGUAACCCGUCGUGGAAGGGGAAGAGAUGCGAAACCCCAAACCCAACCCCAAAAAUCGUGAGCCUCGGCGCCCGUAUGAUGCAAGAGCCGUUUUGGCUCGGUCUGAUCGCCGUCUUCGUGGUCCUCGGAGUCAUCGGCCUGGUGUGGUGCGCCAAGCGACACUUCCCUGAGAAAAUUGAAAAGUUGCUGGCCGAGGAGGCAGAUCGGUGUGCGAGACGUAAACUGUCGUCGGUGCACCGUCAGUGGUCGCCCUCCGACACGGCUGCCGUUGUUCCAGCGCGGCCGGAGCCCCGGACGCUGCUGACUCGGCUCGGGAUCCGGAAGCCGUCCGUGUCCGCGCCGCACCAGCGCGUCCGCGCCGCGAGGACGUUUAGCUUGGACGAUCUGUUAAAGCCGCCGCCAGGACCGUCCCCCUCGCCGCGCAAGAAACGAAAUAAUUCAACGCCAACGAAGAAAAACGCAGCAGAAAAGAAGCAGAUACUUCAACAGCUCAUAAGUCCAGCUACAGCCAACGAGCACUCCAAGAAAAUUAGCAUGGGAGAGCUAAUUCAAAUGUCAGAGAAAAGGACUCUAAGUACCGUUGAGAGCGCACCAGCAUUUAUGGAAUUUAGUGAGCAUAAAGAGACCUCAUUCGCUAGUGAGGCUUCAAGUCCGUCAACAUCGCCAUCGAACAGACACAUAUCAGAUCCUAAGUUAGAAAAGAAAGUGACAUUCGCGAGACUCCUGAAUAGGGUGUCAGCAGAAAUGAGCUCAAGCUCCGAUGCGGAUAUGAUGAACACGAUAGCGAUUCCGAUGGCGGUGAUAGCGGAUAGGGGAUUGAGGGCGAAGGCGUCGAGUACGCCGCCGUCGCCGGGGGUGGAAGCACGGUCGCCGCAUAGCACGUCCAGCAACCAGGGGAGUGAUUCCAUGUCGAGUUUGGAUCUGACGUUAGCACAUGCUGCUUUGAAAAAGUAUUCCAGAACCCCAAAAAUCUCAAGCGCCGACUCCAUCCUCGCGAUGUUCCGCAACUUUUCCACAUCGGCCGCCAUCAUCUCCCGUGCCUCCUCCGGCGGGAUCUCGGCGUCGAGCACGCCGACGGCGUCGUCGCCUCAGGACGACACUGUGGACGCCGACGACGUGUCGCUCGCGUCGUCGCUCGUGCCCUCACUCGCGCCGGACUCGCCGAUCGCGAGGCCGCAUAAUACUAUUGAGAUACAGGUCCUAGACCCACUAAGCGCCCACAAAUCCUCAGGAUCCGGCAGCAAUCUCCUCCACCCUCCAUCCAUCCUCCUAGAAGUCCCUUCGACCAUCAACAAGUGCCUCUCACCCAUUCGUGAACUGCCAACACCAUUACCCACUCCUCUGCCUACUCCUUUGCCUACUCCGCUGCCGUCUCCUCGGAUGCCAAAGAAGAUGGAGUUGGAUAAUAAUGAGAUCAGGUGUAUGUCGCAGAGUGAGGAUGAAGAUGAGAUUCGACUGGAGAAGCCGGAGAGGCCGACGUCUGGGUUGAGAUUGAAGCUCCGUCAGCCUGCCUUCAGCUGCGACACCCCCACUCCCUCCACCCACGUGACAGACUCACCCAGCCCUAGCUUCACCCACAGCCAAGACUCAGAGCGGGAAAUGUCCUCACCAUCCCCAGCACCACCAUCCCUCCGAGUCCCAGUCUUAACCAUCGAACGACCAUCCCCAGGCUCCCCACCACCCAGGAGAACACCGCCCCAUCUAGAGUUCCAACCUCCUCCUUUGAUAACGGUCACUUACAACGCCAGCGAAGAAUCAGAUGAACCUUUAUCACCAAGACCACCACCUCCAACAAUGAACAUGUGUUAUCUAAGCCCAUUCUCCAUGUCAGCAAGAGGAGAACGAGCGCCGUCAGAGUCCAAUCUUUCCUCAUCGGGAUACAGCUCCAUGGCUAGCCCAGGACCAUCGAGAUGUGGCUCAAGUAAUCCUUUAUGCCCGUCUGAAAUGGAAGAUCCUGGGUCAGGUGGGGGACCGUCCUGUUUUCAAAGAAGACGGCCGUUGAUGAAAACCAAUUCUAGUCCAGCGUCGUCGAAUGAUGACUCCAAGGAACGGAGACGAGGACGAUCCGACUCAGAGACGCUGUCAGACGAUCCUUUGCUAGAAUCUAAUGACGAAGGCAUAGGAACAGAUGAAAGGGUAGAUGAUGUACCGUCCAGCGCUAAAGAAAUGGAGACCCUAGUGGUUUUGAAAGAAUUAGACGUGCCUCAAACAUUAUGUUCUCCCAGUGGCGUGACUAAAUGCUCCAUCGUCAAAUGCUUGAGCGUUGAAAGAGGGCUAGAUGAGAAAGCGAGUCUACGACCACCAACUUUACUCACUGAUCUUACCAGGCCUUUAAGCCCUGUAAGUUCCCGAAGCGAAUCACCCUUAAGCGACAAGGCAAGCUUAGGUCGAUUCUCACCACAGUUCUACGGGAGACAAUUACCUUUUACCGAUUCUGAUGGACUCUACGACUUUCCAAGUUCAGAGUGUGUGAAAGGGACAAGCUGUAAAGGAGGUACAAACACACAGAAGAAGUCUGGGAGGAAACGAGACAGAAGAACGACGAGGACUGUGUCGCAUGAAGCGACGGGAACGACCAAGUCAGCGCUGCCACAUAUGCCGCAUUCCAUGCAUAAUCUUUUAGAGGUGCCGGGGCCUCGCGACGGGAGCCGAGGCCGAAAAUCCGGGCGCCGGCGCUCGCGCUCGCAGGCCCCGGCUCCCCCUUCCUCCUCGUCCUCUGAGGACUCGGUGUCCGCGGCCUCAGUGGCCUCUGUGGCCUCCGCGAGGGAACUGAGGUUGCCGCCUGAUUUGGAUAUGCAGCCAAGUGAGCCGACUAGGUUGCGGAAACCACUCAGAAGACAAAAAUGCCGUAGUUCCGAGGUGAUCUAUGAAGAUACGUCAUCCAAGAUCUCAUCAAGUCUCGAUUUAACGGAGGACUCCCGAAAACCUGUCAAAGUUAAUAAACUAAGGACCAUCAGCAACCAAAUUAGAUUCCUUCGACGUUUAGAGCGGAGCUUGAAAAUGAAAGAAAGCUACCCUGCGUUAUCAGAUGACGAAGGCGAUGAAUCUUCAAGCGUAACUUCACCCCUAUUACAAGGUCGGAAGGACCUAAAUCGAAUGCCGACACACGCGAUAUCAGCACCUCUAUUAGGACCUGGGAGGCCUAAAAUCGCCCGACAGAGGCGAUACGAUCGAUCUUUGUUAAGUGAAGAUACUAGGAUACUAAGCACGGCAACAUGCCAUGAUAAUUCCGAUUGAAAAUGAACUCUGUGUUUACGUGAAUAAAGUGCAGUUUUACAUUAGCAAUAAGAGUGCGUUACGGUGAAAGUUUGAAUAAUUGCGUACUCGGCAAUGUCCAAGUUUUUGACAGCUGUCUGGUGACACUUGAGUAUACAAAAUUCUAAUCUAAUGUGAUAUAAUUAUAAUGUAAUGGUUCUUCAGGAGUGUUGACGAUUUUAACAGUUAGUAGUAAAUAUAGAUAACCAUCGUGUAGAGGUUUCGUUUUCCUCAGUUCUACUUUUGAUGUCUUGAACUUAUACGUGAUUCUUACUGUAAAUAAUUGUCUUAUAGCAAUAACAAGGGUGUAUGUUCAUCCGUAUAGUUGAUUGAUACAGACAUUAAUACCUACUUGGUGUUUUUUUAUUCAUUAGUAAGGGGUUAGUCAUAAUUAGAUAUAGGUAUUGUUAAUUUCAUCUUAUUUUUUAAUAUUCCGCUAAAUAUAAUUUCCUGUUCGUUAGAUUAUUGACUAUGUAAAAUGCUUUUGUAAAUGUAUUAUACGUAUUGCUCAAAUGCAUAUUUUGUGAGAUCGUUUUUGCGCACUUUUUGCUGUUAUGUAUAUACAUUUAAUAUAAGUAUUGUAAAUAUGGGGAUUUCGAGAGAAAUGUAAAUACUUUGACACGUUUAGACGAAAUAAAGGUACCAAACUAACGGUAUACCAUGCACAAUUACUAAUAUACAAGCGUAAUCUCAAACAUAUAUUGUGUAUUAUGGUAAGUAUAUAUAAAUAUAGCUAAAUUUAGUACCUUUAACGUUUAACAGACGCACCAAUAGAAUAGAGAACGCAAUAAUGUCUAGUUACCUAAUAAAUGUUAUUCAA